GAUUUCCCUGUCUUGUGGUUUGUGUCCAUUAAAGAAGGGGAUAACGGUGUGAGUAAAGCCUACUUUCACUGGUUAGGUACAAUAAGGUAUCUUGACAAGCUUGAGUACUCCUGGCAUACCUCACCUAUCGUGAACUCCACCGUAAUUGCGCUGUGGAUCCCCGACAGAUCGUCUUUGAGCCAGCCAGGAGGCAAGGCUUGCCUCGCGACACCACAAAUUUAG